AUGAUAAGUUUCAAUAGCUAUUUGUUUUUCCGUGAGUGUAAUCAGAUCGGAAGCAAGACGGUCGUGUUGAAGAAUAUUGCGACAACCAUCAAGCGUCAUGAUUCAGUUCCGGUAGACGAUGCAUCGCCAGAGGAAAAUAUCAACAAAGAACUUUAUUUAAUAAAAAUUUUACAAAAUUUAAGUGAAAAAGAUACGAAUGAGAAUGGCAUAUCUGAUAUAAGUUCUAGUUUUACAAACAGCUUACAAAAAGGAAAAUAUAUAACAGAUGAAACUAUGGAAACAGUCUUAUUGCCAAGUAAAAGAGAUAUGGGAGUGUUACCGCCAUGGAAUGAAUUCUGCAGGAUGAUGAGAAUCACCCAUUGUUUUCACAGUAGACAAAGCUAA